AUGGGCGCGCUCCUUACGAAGAACGAGCUGCCUGUGGAAGGCCGAACUGUACUCAUUACUGGUGGCUCAAAAGGCCUCGGGCUCGCAGCGGCGCAGCAGCUAGCGGCCAAAGGAGCCAACCUGAUUAUCGUGGCACGUGGCCAAGAAAGCUUGUCUACUGCCCUCAGGAGCGUCACACAAAGUGCUCGCAACUCAGAGACUCAACGCUUCCAUUCUAUCCAAGCAGAUGUAACGACCUCGAAAGUAUGCUCCCGCGUCAUCUCGGAAGCAACAGAAUGGAACGACGGCCAUCCUCCGGAUAUCGUCUGGUGCUGCAGCGGGAGCGCACAUCCUACCCUCUUUGCUGAUACCCCAAUUGAGCAAUUCCAGACGAUGAUGGACAGCAAUUACUUCUCGUGUGUAUACAUGGCUCACGCGACACUGAACGCAUGGCUCCGACAUAACCCCAAGCCCGCGAUUACAGAUAAAUGCGGACCGAAGGGCCCAGCACAGCCAGCACGCCACAUCAUCUUCACCGGCUCCUUCGUCUCAUUUUACUCUUUCGCGGGCUUCACACCGUAUGCGCCAAGCAAGGCGGCUAUUCGUUCUUUGUCCGAUUCGCUGUCGCAAGAAAUGAAUCUCUACGCUACAUCGCGCCCGGAAUUGCCGCGGAUGCGCAUCCAUACAGUCUUCCCAGCGACCAUGCACACGCAGUCUUGCGCAGAUGAAGAUGCCGUGAAAUCUGACCUGACCAAGUCUCUCGAAGAAGGCGACCAGAUCCUGGAGCCGGAGGAGUGUGCACGGAGAGCAAUUCGGGGGCUAGAGGCUGGAGAGGAAUUGGUUGCUACAAGCUUAAUCAUCAGAGCGGUAAUGGCGAGUGUACUGGGCGGGGCUAUCAGAGGUGGAUUCUGGAAAGGUCUGGCGAACACGGUAUUGGGGUGGAUCACUGCCAUGGUGAUGGUUUUCAUUCGGUGGGAGAUGGACACCAAGGUUAGGAAAUGGGGAGCAGAGCAUGGACCGAGCGGGUACCGGAAGGAGUGA